AUGGCUUCUUCACAAUUUGAUCAGGUCAUCAUUGAUAUCAAAGAUUAUGUUUUCAACUACAGGAUUGACUCUCCAAAAGCAUGGAAGAAUGCUCGCACAGCUCUUCUUGAUGCAAUAGGUUGCGCCAUUGAAACAGUAUUCAAAAGUGAUGAUUGUAAACGGAUGUUUGGACCUAUAGUACAUGGGUCAAUUACUCCAAAUGGAUUUCGACUACCCGGUACUGCCUACACACUGGAUCCUUUGAAAGGUUCAUUUGAUAUGGGAACGGCAAUCAGAUAUCUUGAUCAUAAUGAUGCGAUAGCUGGGGCAGACUGGGGACAUCCGUCCGAUAACCUCGGAGCAAUCCUUGCCGUCAGUGAUUGGCUGUGUCGUUCUUCAAAGGAAGAGGUACUCGUGCACAAUGGACCACCCCUGACCAUGAAAACAAUUUUGGAAGCUCUUGUCAAGGCAUAUGAGAUUCAAGGGUGUAUGCUCUUACGAAACGCUUUCAAUGCGUACGGAUUAGAUCACGUCAUUCUUGUCAAGUUGGCUUCAACUGCGGUCGUCAGCUGGCUACUGGGCCUGACGGAGAUCCAAACAAUGGCAGCGAUAUCUCAGGUCUGGAUGGAUGGACAAGCUCUUCGAGUAUACAGGCAAAGGGGGAACACGAUACCUCGGAAAGGAUGGGCUGCUGGGGAUGCGUGCAUGAAAGCAACACAGCUUGCCUUAUUGACUAGAGCUGGACAGCCCGGAUCUCCGACGCCGUUGACAAUGCCGCGUUGGGGGUUCUAUGCAAGUUCAUUUGGCAACAACAGAUUCGAUCUACCAAAGAAGUAUUCGAGCUGGGUGAUUGAGAAUAUCAUAUUCAAGGUCAUGCCAGUGGAAGGUCAUGGUGUACCGUCAGUUGAAGCUGCCAUGAUCCACUCCCGGACGUUGAAGGCGAGACAACUGAGUGCUAUGAAUGAUAUAAAAAAGAUCAUUAUUCGAACCAAUGCAGCUACUGAUACGAUAAUCAACAAAACCGGACAACUGGCCAAUGCAGCUGACCGAGAUCAUUGUCUACAAUAUUUGAUUGCUCUUACCUUUCUGAAGGGCGAUAUCCCUGAAGCUGAAGAUUUCCUCGAUAACAGUAUUUGGUCAAGUAGUUCAGAUCUUGAUAACCUUAGAGCCAAAAUUGAAAUCUUCGUCGAUGAUCGACUAACGAAAGAUUAUAUGGACCUGGAUGUGAAAAGUGUCGCUACCGGAAUGACAAUCAUGCUGUCAGACGGCACACAUCUUAGCGAAGUACUCAUAGAAUUUCCAGUAGGCCACGGCAAAAAUCCAAGGACGCAAGAUGUUGUCCAACAAAAAUUCCAGAAAAACAUGAAGCUUAUGUUCUCUCCUGAGGAAAUUGAUGAGAUUGUCUCGAUCAUCGAAGAUAAAGAGAAUGAAGAUAAACCCAUCUCCGAGUUUCUGGAUUUGUUGGUGCGGGAGAGCUCUUUAAAUUCGAGACUAUGA